GUUUAGGAGGAGCAGUAUAAAAAUGUCGGUCCCAUGCAGAAGAAAACCAACGAUUACUUCACGGAACCCGUGAAAGGGAAAGAAAUUCCCUUCUUUUUUUUCUUCAAAAUUUUACGGGGUUUUUUGGAUGGCGAAUAUAUUCCCAGCCCUUCUCCUUCUCCCCCUCUUCUUCCUCGGAGCCUCGGCCACCGGCCGGGCCAGCGCCGAUCUCAAAUCCAAUGGCGACUUUUCCCUUGACUUUGGUUUAGGAGAUAUCUUCAGUGGUGGCUUUGGAAUCCAGUUUGGUAACGCUGAUGGUGUUGGUGGCAAGGGCGCCAAAGGAUUGAAGCCGAAACCCGAUUUCGAGACCAAAUUCUGCGGUCAAUGGGAGAUCCAUAACCCAAAUGCAGGUGUUGCUGCCAUGCAGUUGCAACUCAUGCCUAACAACAAAGCUGUGUGGUUUGAUACCACAAACCUUGGCCCUUCAGCUUUGAAAUUCGACAAUGGGUAUUGCCGUAAGCUUCCUAAUAAUACCCAAGAUUGUUUUGCUCAUGCCAUUGAGUAUGAUACCGUGACUGGAAAAGUCAGGCCAUUGAAGGUUACGACGGAUCCAUGGUGCUCAUCCGGAGGAUUGGCAGCCAAUGGCGACCUGAUUAACACAGGUGGUGCCCUUGAAGCACUUAAAGCCAUUAGGAUCUUCACUCCUUGCGACAAAUGCGAUUUUAAAGAAAAUGUAGUUGCCUUUGCUGAAGACAGAUGGUAUUCGAGUCAGCACACCUUGGAAGAUGGUACCUUUGCCGUGGUCGGUGGCCGUGGCGUUUUCAGCUACGAAGUCUUCCCACCGAACCAAUUGAAAUUCAAAUCAAAGAACUUCAAACUCCCGUUCCUUCAAGAAACUAAAGAUCCCAGUGAGAACAACCUUUAUCCAUUUCUUUACUUGCUUCCUGAUGGCAACCUCUUCCUCUUUGCCAAUUCCAAGGCCAUCAUUUUCAACCCUCAUACUGGCAAAAUCGUCCGGAACCUGCCUGAAUUGGCUGGCGGAUCCAGGAACUACCCUGCUUCUGGGAUGUCCGUGCUUCUCCCCCUUGAUCUUUCUGCCGAAAAGGUCAAUGUUGAGGUCAUGGUUUGUGGAGGAAAUACUCAUGAUGCUUUCAAGUACUCCGAGCAGCAGCCGAGGAAAUUCAUUCCAGCUUUGAAGGAUUGCAACAGGUUAAACCUUAACCAGGCAAACGCCAAGUGGGAAAAGGAAACAAUGCCAUCAGGAAGAACUAUGGGAGACUCUGUUCUUCUUCCAAAUGGUGAUGUCUUGAUGCUUAGUGGUGCAAAGGCUGGUACUUCUGCUUGGGAACAGGCAGAUGAUGCCAAUUUCACACCACUGCUCUACCGCCCAAACAAUGAAAAAGGAAAAAGAUUCCAAGAACUCACGGCCACAAACAUUGCAAGAAUGUACCACUCUUCUUGUGCCCUGCUUGCAGAUGGCAAGAUUCUGGUGGCCGGCAGCAACCCUCAUCAAUUCUACACUUUCAAUGUGAAGUAUCCUACGGAGUUGAGGGUGGAGAAGUUCUCACCACCUUACCUGGAUCCUAAGCUUGAUCAACACCGACCAACUAUCUCCGAAAAUGGCUCUGACAAAGAAUUGAGUUAUGGGAAACAGUUUUUUGUUAAAUUUAACUUGAAAGAUAAAGUUGAUGCAUCAGACAUCAAAGUGACAAUGUACCCACCACCAUUUACCACCCAUGGCUUUUCUCAGGGCCAGAGGCUGCUUGUUCUGAAACUAACUGACGUGAAAAAUCAGCAGAUCACAGCGGUGGCACCACCAUCUGGCAAACUUGCUCCUCCAGGAUAUUACAUGCUCUUUGUAGUUCACCGUGGGGUGCCAAGCAAGGCAAUGUGGGUGCACAUCAAUUAGAGGAGACCUCAAUACUUAGCUACUAGAGAUAUUGUACCGUCUCUUAUGAAGAGAAAAUCCUAAUUUUUUUCUCUUGUGAAGAGAAAUUUUUUAUAUUGCAUCUGCAAUGGGUAAAAUGAAUUGCCUAUUGAAGAAUUUCACUCAAUUACAUUUUCUUUUUCAAGCUUUUUUUUUCUGUCUUUAAUUACCUCAAGUACAAUCUUGACUAAAACUCUAAACAGGAAUAGUUAACUAGAGAGUAGGACACCAGAUACAACAACCGGGAAAGAAGUUUCAAAAUGGAACUAAUCAAUAAUCACCAAGGUUAAACAUUAUUCUAGUUGUAGACAUCAAUUCCACCAGCGUUAGCUUUUUGUCAAGUAAUGAUGUGCAGUUAUAACUUCGCUGCAAAAAUGUAUGCAUGGAAACAAUGAAAGUGGUAAAAAUAAAGUUCAGAAGCUCUUUCCAAACCCUUAUGCAUGUGAUUAUUGUCUGCACUGCUUAUUUAGGUUGACUUGAAAAAAAAAAGAUCCAGAUAGAAUUGCUUUUAUUGCAUGAAGUCUUGGCAAAAAAAAAAACCAUAAAAAUGAUACUAAUAGUAUGCGCAAAUUUCAUUAAAAAGAUAACCCAUCCAGCUCACAGAAGUCGCACUACCGCAUGGAAUAUGGUGGAAGAACACUCCCACAUGUGGUCAACUCAGUUAUGUUAAGCUGAGACAUAUGAUCUGCCUGAGGAACAACUUCACAGGUAUGUCUACUGCAAAGAUCCGAAUAGAUACGGACUGAUGCCCCAGUUGAAAGUUCCUUGCCACAGUUUUUUAGCCAUAAGUAUCAAAAUCCUGAAAGCUGUCUCAAACUCAUCACUACUCUACAGCCAGAUUUUGACUAUAUUUUCUCUAAUUCAGCUUUGAUGUUAAUUGAAUCUUUCCUCACAAACUAUACACCCAUUCUACUCACCAAAUAUUCACUGAUUCCAAUGCAAAUCAGCCAUUGCUUCCUAUUUAACAAAUGCAACCUUUCAAAUUCGCUUCUUCUGAAUUCAUUUCCUAUGCCUUCUCAAAUAUUCAGUGAGUUCAAUCUAUUCCAAAAUUGUAAUCCAUCCAAAAUCAACAGUAACCUGAAGUUCUUGACAUAUAAAUCAAGCAAAAGUUCUGACAUGAAAACUUGCUAGACAUCCUUAAUCAGUAAUCCAAGGCAAUCUUAGAAAAUUGUAGCAUCAGAUCAGACAUCAGGAAAAUAUUGAAGUUGCACACAGAUAUGACCACUUUUUACGUCCAUUUACUCUUUUCACUGUGUAAGUUAUAAACUGUUGCAAUCUCAGAUACUGCAACUCACAGAAUCAACUAUUCAUAGCACUAAACGAGUUUCAACAAUUAUAAAAGAUAAAAAUGGAAGCAGCACUAUUCAUCUGAAACAAUCAAAAUCAAAAGGGUGCAGAGUGGACUUCAAAAUCUGCAAAGAAAAAGAUUCAAACUUUGUAUCCCCUAAACACACACUGAGCUACAUUGUACAUUGAUAACCACACAAAACUUAAUUUGUUACUCGUAGGAAAAGGAAAGCAUCAAAUGACCAAAAACUGAAUCUUUCCUCUUCUUUUGAACUACAGAUAUUCAACAUGUACAAAUGGUUACAUCACACACAAAUAAACACCAAGGCUUAUGAGAAAGGUACCAAACAGAGCUAAGCCAACGUGGGUCUCUUCUCCGAGGAGCAAUCCAAACACAGCAGUGGCAGCAAACGUCGUCGCAUUGGUCACGGGUACAGCCAAAGAAAUGGGGGUUUCGCUCAGAAUCGCAAAGAAAGUGGCGGAGGCCGAGAGAUUUACAAUGAACGGCAAAGAGUAUUGCCAAGUUAGCAACAGAUUGAGCCAUUUCCGGAGUGUAUCGGUGAUCGGGUUGGUGGAGGGCGUGUUUGGAUGUGGGGUGGAUUUGAUCUUAUUGUCCCAUAUAAUGGCUCCUUUGCGCAUGAGUGCGUUCGUUGCUCCCCAAACAAGACCCACUGCCACCAUCUUCUCCACUUCUCCUCCCAUGGCGAUCUUUUGAUUGUCUUUACCGGAAUUUUUAGUCAGAGUAAAGGAUUAAAAUUGCAGAAAUCGGAGAUGAAAGGAGGAGGAUUAACGAAUGAGUAAAUUACAUCCGCCUCCCCUAAACUUUUACUUUAUUACGAAUAUCUACUACUAAUUUAGCAUAAUUAUGAUCACCAUAUUAGAAUGUCAUGAUAAUUUGAAUAAUAUGGAUAGUUGAUAUAAGUU